AGGAGGAGGGUGAGUCAUGGGCAACUGGUAAGAAAUGAAAACAGAGCGGCUGGGGCAAGUCUGUUUCCUGGAGAUGCCCUUCUUAUAAAAGCCCAGCUGGCCAUUGCCUUCACACAGUAUCCCACUAACAGAGAGUCUGCUCAUCUCUGCACAUAAGGACCAAGUGCUAUCUAAACAUGAGUUCCCACCAGCAGAAGCAGCCCUGCACUGCACCCCCUCAGCUGCAACAGCAUCAGGUGAAACAGCCUUGCCAGCCACCACCCCAGGAACCCUGUGGCCCCAAAACCAAGGAUCCCUGCAACCCCAAGGUUCCUGAGCCCUGCCAGCCUAAGGUGCCUGAGCCCUGCCAGCCUAAGGUGCCUGAGCCCUGCCAGCCUAAGGUGCCAGAGCCCUGCCAGCCUAAGGUGCCUGAGCCCUGCCACCCCAAGGCACCUGAGCCUUGCCACCCAGUUGUUCCUGAGCCAUGCCCCUCAAAUGUCACUCCGGAGCCAUGCCAGCAGAAGACAAAACAGAAGUAAUGUCAUCCGAAGCCAUGCCUUGAAGACCUGAUCCCUGGAUGCCAAGGCCCCUUUACAUUCUGUUUGUUCAUCCAAUUGCCCUGUGCUUCACAUGCUGUGACCUUAGGUCUUAAUCCCUCCCUCUUUGCACCACCUAAAAAGAUGUCUCUCCCAUUCAUUCUCGGGGCUUCCUGAGUCUCUCAACAUGGCCCAAAGUCUUGGUUAAUCUUCCCAUGGUUUAGGAUCAUCUGAAGUGGGAUAGGGAGUGAGACAAGUGAAUUUUAAAUGUUCUUCUCCAAUUAAAUACCUUUUAACUCCA